AUGCUCUGGAAAUACGCCCCAAAAGCCUCUGAGCUACCCGAACUGCGCGCCAGCUCUGACUUCGCAUGGGGCCUCUGGAAUAAGAUACGCGGAAAGGACAACCUCGGUGACAUUCGCAAGAUAUUCAGCUUGUACAUCGCAAACGAAGAGACUCAAUCUAUCAUCGAUAGAGCGCUCGCCAAACAGAACAUCAAAGAGCCGAAAAAGUGGCCAGGAACUGAGAUUGAUCCAAAGUCGGAGGAAGGACUAGCGAUUAUCGGUUCCGCAAACGGUCGAGCCGCAGGUUAUUUCCUUGCGCAACACAAGCGCCAAUUGGGCAAGGACAAGUACAUCUCCAAGAUCAACGUCUUCCUGACCGAUAAGGAAGACCGCCCGAUGAGAAACAUUCUCUUUUACGUCGACAAUGUGCCUUCGCCGCCGCCGGAGAUGGCGGAGCCUGAAGAUAAGGACAAGGGCAAGGAUAAGGGCACUGGAUUGGUGGAGUCGAAUCUUGUUGAUGGGGAUGGGGAUGGGACAAGUCUUAUAAGACGACACGUGGUCUUUGCAGGCCGCUCAGACUAG